CUGAGAUCCUCUCUUCACUCCCUGUGCGAUCUGCAGAACUCUCCUCCGGCCUACAGAGUAGCCUCUCUCCUACUCUCAGCCCUCCUGGCGUCUCCUCCUCACCAAGCACACCUAAGCGAGUCGGAGGCAGAACCACGUGGGUCCAGCAGCAGAUCUGUCUUAGCUCCACCCCAGGCCCCAGAUCCUCCAUAGGAACAGACAACCCCUUCUCUGCCUCCCUGUCUCCCCUGGCCCUGGGCUCCAAGCCAGAGAGCCUUCAGAACGCCUCACCCAUCACCCCCUGGAAGCUGUUGGAGCAUCUGGACAUGACUCCAGAGCCAGACGUAGCUUUACCCGGCAGUAAACCUUGGCGUAAACCCAGAGGUCGGCCAAGGAAGAACCCGGCUGUAGUGAAGAGCGUGAAGAACCCGGCUGUAGUGAAGAGAGUGAAGGACCCGGCUGUAGUGAAGAGAGUGAAGGACCCGGCUGUAGUGAAGAGAGUGAAGGACCCGGCUGUAGUGAAGAGAGUGAAGGACCCGGCUGUAGUGAAGAGAGUGAAGGACCCGGCUGUAGUGAAGAGAGUGAAGGACCCGGCUGUAGUGAAGAGAGUGAAGGACCCGGCUGUAGUGAAGAGAGUGAAGGACCCGGCUGUAGUGAAGAGAGUCAAGACUCAGUGUGGUAAGAAGAAGAAUGUGAAAACUGCAGCAGAGGGAGGGUCUCAGACCUGCAGCUCAGAGGAGGGGCCUCCAGCCAAGCGCAGACGUAGAAGCAGGAAGGGCCUUACAGCAGAGGGAGUUGAGGGAGUCGGGCUGCAGAGUGACAACAGCACCAGCUCUCAGCCAAUCCAAUGCUCCAGACCACGGUUUGAGCUGCUGGAGUUGGACUCACCGGACGAAGACACAGGAGAUUCCUCCCUGUCCUCAGACCUGUCCAUCGAACUGAGCCUACAGGAAGACCACCUGACAUCACUUCCUCUUGAAGAGGAGGAGGAAGAGCAGGAGGAUGAGGAAGAUCUGCCCAGUUUCUUAAAUAACACAAAGCCGCUGUCCAUAACAGAGGGAAUAUGUGUUUGGUGCAAAUUUAGAAAUUAUCCUUUCUGGCCGGCAAUGGUGAAAAGCGUGAACCGGAAGAUGAAGAAAGCCAGCAUCGUGUUUAUUGACGACCUGCUGUUUGACAAGAAGAGGAUACGAAAAGGCUUCUCUGUGGCCCUAAAAACAUUGAAGCCUUUUGACUGUGAAGAGGCUGAUCAGCUUGUGUGUAAAGCCAGAGAGACUUAUGAUGCUGCCAUCAAAUGGUGCCUGGAGCUGAUCGCCGACUAUAGAAUCCGUAUCGGAUGCGGCUUCACCGGUUCCUUCAUUGAAUACUUUUCUGAUGACAUAAGCUGUCCGGUGAGGAAGCGUUACCCUCAGGGUACCUCUGACCUGACCUUCCCCAGUAAGCUGAUUUUGGAGUCGCAGUUUUUGACCUCCAACCUGGGGGAGGAAGAGGAGGAGGGCAGCGACCGGCAGGAGGAGGAGAGGAGGAGGAGGAGGAAGCUGCUGCCUGACCGCUCCAAGGCAGCACGUAACCGGGCCAACGAGAAACUGGUGGACUUUAUCGUUAAGCAACGCCGAGUGGAGACACGCCUUCUAGGUGUGAUCAGCGGUCAGCAACAGUCUAAGUGGUUGCGAUGGUUCCUGGCAGCCAGCCGGUCAGUAGUGGACACGUACCUGGAGGACGAGGAGCAGCUGGACCAGGUCUACCAGUACCUGAGAGGGGUGUAUGAGACCGCCCCCCUCACCGCCCCCUGCCUGGCUGAUGUAGACCGUAUACGCCUCGUACUGGAUGUCCUCUUACCUGAGGCUAUUAUCUAUGCCAUAGCUGGAGUGGACAAGUUGUCACUGGUGAAGGCAGAGGACAAAUACUUAAAAGGGCCCUGUCUGAGUAAAAGGGAAAGAGAGGAGUUUGAUUGGAUGAUCGAGCAACAGAUGAAGAUGAAAGCAUCGAUCGGUCAGCGUCCUGCACACUGAACACCACACUGCCUACUUGGCUUCCAACCGUCAGACUUCAGCCGAGAUUCAAUCCGAGGGCGCGUUUUAUAGUGCUUGACAUUUGAAGGUAAUUUCUGAUUGAGACGCAGCGUUUACCAUAAAUGCGAUCUCCACAAAUGCGGCAACGUUGCAUUUAAAAGGCAGAGUGCCAAAGUUUCCAAAUCACAACAAAACUGUUGAGCAUUCUGGGACAAAAAGAGCCAUAUAGAACUGUUUCUUUGAGGACAUUCAACUGCUGUGGUGUGACUGUGAACAUUGAAUUACCAAGUUAUUCAAAUAAUUCUCAAAUCAACCGAAAUCAUACGUGAUCGACUGGUCAAGAUUAACAGCGUCAACGUGAAACUCCUGGGAGGACGUACACUGCCGUUUCAAACUGGGACUUCAUUUAGACCACCUACCACAGUAUUUUAUCCAACAUGGUUACCCGUUAAGGCUGGAUGACUGUAAAUUCAGGACUCUUUAAUAGAAAAUACUGCUCUAUUUUUAUAUAGAAAAGGGAAUGUCUGUUUUUUUUUAAAUAGCCAUAUUUGAAUUCCUCUUCCUGUUUGAAUUCCUGCCUUAUUCUACUGUCAUGCAAGGCUAGCUUGUCAAUACCUUCAUUUAUACCUAUUUCCUGGUGACAGGAAUGUAACAUUCUGAACGUGAAUCAUGUCAGCUCAAUAAAGCUUCCUCAGUCA